AUGGAUCAACAACUUCAGAACAACACAGACGUCGUCUUACCAGCAGCGACAGUGACAAACAGCUUUGCUGCAUCUAUGGAAGUGUCAGGUGUUGGACCACGUGCCAUGUCAACCAAGAUGAGUAGUGAUGGGGAUGGGGAGACUGGCAGUAUAAUCCUGGGCAUCUCAGACCGUCUAAUUGCUGCGAUGGUGCCACAAACUCAGAACCAAACCAGAAUAGCAGUGCAAACUCCAACAGUGGAUUUGAGCCUACAUACCAUUGGCCCAGGGAAUCGUGAUGACAACAAUGUUGCACUUACUGCCAAAGGACAGACCAUGGAAAUCAACUUGCAGGCUCUAGCCAGCACCAACGAUGGCUCUGCAGCAGCUGCCUUUAUGACACUGAAUGGGAUGGAGAGUCUUCUUAGUCAUCAAUACUUUAAAACGGAGAACAUGACAGAGAUGUAUUCCGAUGUUUUUACUGCAAUAAUACCGACAAUAAACACCACUAACCUCACCGAGCCUGUCAACUUUACCAUUCAACAUAAGAAAGUUCCUGAGUCUGGAAUAGUGACUUGUGUGUACUGGAAAGAGCAAAGCAAAGAAGAGGCGAUGCAGUGGUCGGUAGCGGGCUGUUGGGUUGCAUUCUCUGAGGAAAACUACACAGUGUGCAGCUGCUCCCACCUUUCCACAUUUGCCCUCAUCAUGCAGAUUGGGGAGCCUCCACCAGAUAAUCCAUUCUUAGACUGGCUAAACCGAAUGUGUGUGAUUGUCGGACUGUUCUUCUUAGCUUUGGCCAUCUUCACCUUCAUCCUGUGUAGCUGGAACCCCAAGAUCAACAACACAGCCCGUCUUCACCUCUGCCUCAACCUCUUCUUCACCCAGCUGCUGCUGCUGUGGAAUGACAAAUAUGUUGAUCAAAAGCUGGCCUGCAAAGUCAUGGCGGGGCUUCUCCACUUCUUAGUUAUAGCCAGUUUUGUGUGGAUGCUGCUGGAGGCGCUCCAGCUCCACCUGUUGGUCCGGAGACUCUCUAAGGUGCAGGUCAUCCAGAGAGAUGGCCUCCCCAGGCCACUUCUCUACCUGAUUGGCUACGGCGUUCCAUUUGUGAUUGUGGGUGUUUCUGCACUGAUAUAUUCUGAUGGAUAUGGUGCUACUGGGAAUGCGUGCUGGCUCUCUAGACAGCGCAAUUUCAACUGGGCUUUAACAGGCCCUGUGAUUGUUAUCCUUGGACUUAAUUGGAUAUUGUUCUGUGCUACUCUAUGGAGUCUGAGACCCACCCUGGUCAACAUGAAAAGUGAUGUUUCUCAAUCCAAAGACACCAGGUUGAUUUUGUUCAAGAUCGUGGCCCAGUUUGUCAUACUGGGCUGUACCUGGAUUCUGGGCCUGUACCAGACAAACCUUUUCUUCAAGGUCCUCUUUAUAAUUCUCAACUCCCAGCAGGGCACGUUCCUCUACAUCGUCCACUGCCUGCUCAACAAGGAGGUUAGAGAUGAAUACGUGAAAUGGCUGACCUGUUCUUUAAAUAAGCCCAAUGAAGGACGAUCUGUCAAAGAUGCCCCGUCGGUCUCUGAGGACUGGGACAAAACUGAAUAGCAGACAGGCUGAUGGUGAUGGAAUGAGUAUGACAAAAGAGAAACGCAAGACAGAGAGGAGAAAAGCAAGCCUGAUCCACUUUGAACCAUUAGUCGUUAUACAUUGUUGUUGUGGUUGGGGAUGACAAACCAAAUAUAUAUGUGUAUUUGUGUCUAUGUGCUAUAUCUACUAUUAUUCCUUGUGUCCUUUUCGGCUAUGCAUGAUGUUCACUU